AGCUGCUGCAUUGACUUCAAUAGCACUCAAGAGAACAGACAGGUUCUUCUUUGGGGGUGGGGAGGUAGUCGUCUCUUCCUGAAAAGGAAACAAGGAAACAAAUAGCUAAUAUACAGAUAUAGAGAGAGAUUUUAAAGUAAAGGAUGCACUGGAAGACUUUGCUACUGCUGCUUUUCUAUUAUAAUACUCAUGCCACUGUGAGCCCGAGGUGGAACAGAGCCAUGCUUUUCCCAGAUGCUCAGCGGUUUAAGAGAUGGUCGUCAUCUGCCCCCGUGAGCCCGGUGCUGCAGAACUCGCUGGAUGAUGUGAACAUGCUUUUUGAGUUUCUUUUAGCUGAGAUUGAAAUUGACAAAAAUCUGAGGCUUUCCAUAAAAGAUGAGGAGCUGGCUUCGCUGAGGAAGGCCAAAGAAUUUGACACUGUCUGCAAUGACAUUAUCCCCAAGAGCAUCACAGAGAUUCGUCGGCUGAGUGCCAGGCUGUCUGACUACCCGAGGGUCCUAAAGAAAGAAGAUUUUGAAAGGACAGUUUUGACCAUGGUCUACACAGCUUACAGGGCAGCUCGAUCUCGGAAGCACCAGAAAGACUCUUGGGCCGAAUCCUUCAUCAGUCUCUACAAGGCCCUGAAGCAUGACUUGAUGUUCUCAUGGAGCAAAAAGCCACUGCACUGAAGGAAUUUAUACACCAAGAAUGCAACAAGCUCUGAUGAGAAGGGGACACAUAGCACGUCCACCACUUUAUUCUGUAAACAAUUUAAGUCUAGGCGUAGUUAAGGAUUCUUUAUUCUCUAGCUCCCCCUAGUGGGAUCCUGUUAUAGAAACAUGUUAAACAGGAAAAACAUCUUGUCUGCUUCAGUCCCUGGCAUCCAUUCUCAUGUGGGCAAAGAAGAAUGUUUUAUUACUGAGGUAGAAGGGAAUAUUUAUAUUAUAUAUAUAUAUAUAUAUUUAAAGUUAUUCCCAAAGGAUGAAGGAAGGGCACGUUCAUCUGGCAAGUUUGGGGGGAAGUUUUAGAAACCCAUUUCCUGUUUUGGAAACUAGUAGAUAUUUUGAAGUUGCAUUAAACAAGUCCAUCCCUGGUGUAAUAUCAACAAAGUUAAUGGCUUUAUGUCUGAGAUGAUUUGGGCUUGAUCUAUCUUGGGGGUGAAGGGGAGUAUGCUCUGGUAACUACUUUGCACAGCAAGCUCAGAAGGAGAAUGUGCUGGGGAAUGCUACCUUCCUGGCUAGAAAUGGGGUGUAAAAAGAGAGAAAGAGAGAGAGAGAGAGAGAGAGAGAGAGAGAGAGGCCCACUAUAAAAUGAAGAAGAGUCGUGGCAAUUAGAGCUUGGAGGCUUUGGCAAGAGUAAAAUCAUCAAUAUUCUUGUAAAUCAAGCUGGCUGACUUGCUUCCCAGGUAUUGGCAAACUAUUUUAAUCUCUUGUUCACAUACAUUGGGUUGAGCCAGUUUUUAUUCACAAGAAUGUUUGUUUGUGGAAGGACACAUAGUUAUCUGUGUGUGCAUUCUCCCCAGAAGAGCUCUCACAGCCAGUCUAUAAAGGUCCUUCCCUUAUUUGCACAUGUCUCUGAGCCUGCAACUAUCUGUCCAUGUGGAGUCAACUGCAGGAUCAGAGCUUAAAUUAAUUUAACAAUUACACAUUUUUCAGCUUGUCCCUAUAACUCAAAGUCACUGAACUAGUCUCCCGGUUCAGAACUUCUCUGAAGUUUGUGAAGGGUGUAAAAAAUCAAGACUUUUAUGGAUAAUUCAUGGACAGAGGAAAGGUAUUCAUCAGAGAAAUUAUUUGCAAUGAACAGUUCAACCUGUUCUAGUGACAAUGUCCUAAGAUUUAAAACAGGUUAUACUAAUGCUGUUUAUCUACCUAUGUCCGAUAUUUCUAGCAUGUCUCACAGUAGUAUCUGAGCACUUCUGAAAAGCUGUUACCCCCUUAAUAUUUGCACCUGUGCUCUCUCUCAUUGACUCUCACACACUACACUCAGUCUUUCUCUCUUUAAUCAUCCACUUUACUUCACUGUCUAAAGUUUAUAAAUAGAGACAGGCCCAAACCAAAACCGGCCAGGGAAAUAGUAUGGAUUUGAAGGGCCAGACUCGGAGCCCCACACUGCUCCUUUUGCAUCACUCAGGCUGUGCAGAAUUUCCCUGCAAGUCCCUUAUUGUGAGGAUAUUCCACUAGGUGGGUGAUUUCCCAGUAAAUGUGGAGCCAGCAGAGCCACCUCCUACACUUCCCUCUCUGCAGCUUGAACUGCAGACAGGGUGUUAGGGACAGUCAAGGGCAAGCAGGGGGAGUUAUCAGAGCACAGUGUGCUCUGGCAGUCCUCAGCUGGUGUAUGACCUUGCCUGCUCGUGCUCUUUAGAGUUUUGCAAAGUUAUAAACAACUGAAAAUAGGGUUUUAUAAUGGCAAGUCUGAGGCAUCUUUAAAAACAGGUGUAGCUAAUUGUGUUCAUGUGUGAAAGAGUAUUCAUACCCAAAACACCACGUUGUGCAUCCUUUAAAACUGGCCUACACUUAACACAUCUAACAGAAACAUUCCAAAUGAAAAGCAAUACAUACCUUCCACUCCUGUGCCCGGAGCAACACAACUCAUUGCUAGCCAAACUACCAUAUGAUACAACCUUUAUUAAUUAACGCUUCCCCGAAAAGGACGUCAGUCUUCCAGAAUGCCCUUUCCCAAACUCCCACCACCAUAAGCAGGCCAGCAGAUGUCCCAUGUGUAAUGUCUCUUCUGCACCAUUCUGGGACACCACCCUCCCAUAUUUCACAAUCUUGUGGAUUACUCUCUUUUUCCAGAGUGGAAUGGAAUGCGAGUAGAGGGGAGCACCCAUAUGUGCCUUAUUUCUUAAAAGCAAACACAAAUGGUCUGUUUUUUCCUUUUUAAAAUUACCCUGUCAUAUAAUUAAUUUACUCAUGGAGGGUAAUUACCAUGAGUGUUCAUCCUGCUUUUACUCUGUGCUCCUAUUCCAUUCCCUAGAGUGAUAUCUGCUGGGAGAGACUGGAACCAGAGCAUUCAGGCACUCCCGCCACAGGCCAGUGGUGCUAUGGUCUUCCUUACUGUGACAACAAGCAGGACUGAAGCAAUAAGUAUGAAGUAGAAUUGGCUACACAGAGAGGUCUCUCUCACAGCAGGUGGUACUGUACUGCAUACAAGGUUCAUCUGCCAGUGAGCAUCAUAAGCCCCUCAGAAAAUGAUCAGUACAAACAUUGCUCAGAACAUCCUCUACCAUUCCCCGUGGAUUACUGUACUUUACAAAUUAUCUUUAUUUCUUCACUGUUAAAUUAAGUCUUUUCAGGCUUGUUAUCCCCUCCCUUCUGGCCCAAUUUCUGUGGAUAAUGUAACAAAAGAGAAAUACUAUUGUGUCACUCACAUUGCCCAAGUUUAUUUAAUACAGAAUCAUUAAUGAAAUAAUAAAACUAUAAUCGAGAACUACUUGACUGUUUGGUGUAUUUGUUAAAGGAAGUAACUCCACUGAGGAUAUGUGGUAACUUGCAGAUGUAACAUGCCCUUAUUUCAGGAGCUGAUUUGCUAUUUA